CGCUCCGCGACCCUCCUCGCUUUCCCCCACCCCUCACGGGGCCAUGGGCUGCCCCCUCCCCUCACCGGCUCUGCCGCCGCCCAAGCGCCCAGCCCAGCCAAGCGUGGUUUCCCCGCCUGCGAGGCCUAAGGCGGUUGCUCAGCAACGCGGGGAAACAACGCUGAGGGGACGACUACAGCUUCCGUCGCCUUUCGCGACGCGCACGUCGUGAGCCUCGCGCUCUGAUUGGCCAGCGCCUCUACGCUAAGGUCAAGGAACACGCCUCCUCUCUCACCCACUGGGCGCAUGCGCAGGGGCUGCCCCGGCUUGUUCACGUGGUUUCCGACCUCCAGGAGUUUUUGCAGAGAUGUUGGGCUCCUGGUUCCUCGCUUAAUAACGUUUUUUCUUAAAACGAAUGUUAAUAAAAGUUGGGAUCUGAUUUCUUACCUUAGUUUCUCUUUAUCCUCAGCAAGCAGACAUCAUGGUUCAGCUGGGGCACCUCCUGCUGAAAAACUACCACAACCUGCGCAUUGUCAUCCGUUUUGCCCUUGGCGGCUGCACCAACAGGCCUUAUUUCCGGAUUGUGGCUGCACACAACAAGCGAGCUCGGGACGGCAAGUACCUGGAGCAGCUUGGCUGCUAUGACCCUCUCCCUAAUGACCACGACGAAAAAAUAGUUGGCUUGAACGUUGAGCGGCUGAAAUACUGGAUUGCCAACGGAGCCCAUCUCACCAUGCCUGUCGAAAAACUUCUGGGGCUUUCUGGAUUUUUCCCCCUGCAUCCCAUGACCAUCACCAAUGCCGAACGAGAAAAGAGAAAGCAAGCCCGGGAGGCUGCAACAGCCACUCAGGAAGAAAGUGUGGCUGAGAAUCAAUAAAGAGCAAAGUGCGUGGACAAAGUGGGGACUCUCGCUGCCAGCUCAAAGGGCAGCAGCCGGAAGAAGUGGAAGAACUGUCUGCUGUGCCAGGGAAGCAAACUCUGCACCAUUACAGAGCCAGGGGAGGGGGAAUGCAUGGUCCUCUAGAUCUUGUUGGAACCCAUCGACCCCGCCCAGGAAGGCCGGGGAUGAUGGAAGAUGGAGGCCAACAUCAUCUGGAAGGCUAGUUUCUUGCCCAUUUCAAAGUGGUGUUGUAGCACCCAAUGCAAGAGGCAUCCUCCCCCACAAGGGAGGGGAGCUUGCGGUCUGUUAGGUGUUACUGGACUACAACUCCCAUCAUCCCUGACAUUUGGCUGUGCCAGCAGUUGUGAGUCUGUCAACAUUUAGCCAACCGUGGGUUUCCUACUUCUGUCUUAAAAAUUCAGCCCUUUUCACUUGGCUGCAUUUAGAAAGUCCUUAAUAGCAUCUCUGCCCGCAAGACGUGGGGAGAGUACCGUCUUUGGGAAAAGGUUUGUCUUAGACGGCUUUGCCAGAGACAUGACAAUAGACUGAUGGGACGGAAGGGUUGUUUCUCUGUGCCAGCCUGUGGGUUGAUCUACCUUCCCCCCCCCCCAAAAAAGAGGCACAACAUUCAGCUCCCCUGUAAUCAAAAAAUUAAAGUUUCCACCCUUUUGCUUGCAA